AGGCCGCUUUGCUUCUGCUUCCAGAGUUGACCGAACAUUUAGAGGCAAUUUGAUUGCGUUUUAUGAUAAUUUGCAUUUUCGGCUGUGCAGGAGUUACAUUUAUUUGAAGUAUACGAGAAUAGAUGGCAUGCUUUAACACAUGGAGCUGCAGUACGCAUUUGUGAAGUGCCUCGGUACAGUUCAGAUGGAAUCACAGGGUUCUGUCCAGAGAUAUGGACGUCGCUCUAGAGCUCUAGAAACUUAAUCCAGUGUUUCUUAAUAGUGAAAAAUUGAAUCUGUGAAAAUCUGUGAUAAGAUUUGGUAUUUAUAAAGAGUUAAAUUGAACAAUGGACCAUGAACAACCUAAAAGACUCAAAGAAUUGUUCAAUGUAAUGUUUCGUACAGUUGAUCAUGGUCAAUCCGUAGCUGGUAAAUCAAUGCGUGAUAAAUCGAUAUAAUUGAAGUAAUGUGUAUAGAUAUUUCCUGAACAAUUUUUUAUCUCUGCAAAGAGAUUUGGAAAACUUAUUGACAUCCAAGUCCCAUAGGACAGAGUGUGGGCCGUUUGUGGUUCGAUGCCAGGAGAAUUCAACAGAUAUGAAAUCAAGUGAAGUGAAUGUGAUUAUUAAAUCCAAUAAUUUUCAGGUGCUAGAUUGGAGGAUGGUGUUUGAUCACUAAUUUACGCUCGCUACAAAAUUUUUUCGCUAAAGACAAGCUUCCUGGCAAGGCGAUUGUACAGUGCGGUUCAGUUGGUAUUGCGGUAUGGAAACUCCGGAUUGAAUUAAACAAGAUUGAGAUAUAAUCCUCGGAAGUGCGCUAAUGUUUCUUGAAGAUGAGAAGAGCUGAGCUAUAAUUUCGCAUGCCGUGUUGUUACGGUAUGGGGUGUGGUCCCAGCAUCCACGUCUCACAGGCGGGGAUCGUUUAUUGUAACAGGAAGCCCAGCGAUGAACAGGACUCAACCCCCAGGUCCUCCGUGUCGGCUAAUCACGUGCCCAGGACUGGAAGCCUUACUCCUACUGCAGCAGGUUUGGACGGCAGCGCUGCGGUGCCCGAGUGUCUGUCGGUCGUGCGCUCAGUCGCAUGGGACACGCCGCCUCAGGGGGACCCAUCAGCCGCCCAUCUUGGCCCCAUGAGACUCUCGACUCCAAACUGGAAGGUUCUGUUGGUGUUCCCUCGGCACGACGGCGUCAGCGAGGCGUGGCAGGAGGCCUGCGCCAAGCGCGGCAUGGAGGUCGCCGCGGUCACGUCUCAAGAUCAGGCGCUGAAGCAGGUGGGCGCCCAGGCCCCUCACCUGGUGGUGGUGGACGGCAGGUCGCCCAGAACCUUGGUGGUUGGUAACCUCGCAAGGGCGGUCAGGUCCUCCAAGGCCGCCAUCUUGCCAACCAUCGUCACCGUCGUCAAGAAGAAUUUCUGCGAGAAGGAGUGUGACGCUGUGGUAUCGCUUCUUGAGAGCGGAGUCAACAGGCUUGUAAACGAGAGCUGCAGCGUAGCAGUUGUAACAGCCGAGCUGCUGCAGCUUGAGAGAGGAGAGCUGCUGACUCAGCUGCAGAUGCGUGCGAUGCAAGCAGUUUUUGCAGCUCUAGACAGCUGUAGAGACGCUGUGCACAUCACUGACAGCAACCACAGGAUACAGUUUAUCAACAAAUCGUGCGAGACGCUGCUAGGCUACACGGCGAACGACGUGCUUGGCAGGAGCAUCUGGGAGGUGCAUGGUUCGGACAACCAUCGUCAGGAAAUAAAGGGAAACGAACUUAAAAAACAACAAAGCGUUUCGGAAGAGGUGAAAAAACAGCAAAACGUUACUGGGGAGUUUAAAAAACAGGAGAGCAUUUCCGAAGAGUUUAUUAACCAGCAAAGUGUACCGGAAAAGUUGAAAAAACAACAAAGCGUCCCGGGGGAGUUGAAAAAACAACAAAGUGUUUCUGGAGAGUUGAAAAAACAGCAUAGUAUUUCCGGAGAGAUUUUUAACCGAGAUUUUGAGGGGAAAUCUGAACAUCUCAUCAAACCUUGGGACUCCAAGGUGGCUGAGCUCGAAACUUUGGAAGAGUCUAGCAACAACGGCCAUAGGCCUGUCGAGAGGCAGGAGUCAAAAGUCGGGCUCGACAUUUCUGAAGCAAUUAACCUGCAACUGCGACGCGGGCGCGAGUGGGAGGGAGUCGUGGUGUGUAGGAGGAAGUCGGGAGACCUCGUACAGUUACCGUCUAAAGUGGUCCCUGUAUAUACCAGAAGAGGCAGCGCGAGCGGCACAAGUUGCGACUUUGUAGUGUACAGCAGCUGUGGCAUCAGUGCCACUGUGGCACCCAGUGGCACCUUCAGCUCCGACGUAUACCACGGACGUGGCUCUAUCAAAAGCGUCAGAAAAACUUCUUACGACAUCAGAUCGAUGAACAGUGACGGGCUCUUCGUUGAUGCGGAAGAAGAUGAAGCGUCUAGACGCGCCGUACUGAGCGCUCCUGUCGACAAAGACUGCUUCAGCUUCAGCCUCAAACCUUCCCUCCUUAGGGACGGCUAUCUUCAGGGCGGUCCCCACAACCCAGCACGCCGGCAAUCACUAGUAAAGCUCCACGCCAUGACAAUCGAGGCCCCAAUCACGCGCGUGAUCAGCAUUAUUACAGCUGCCCAGGAGAACUCCCCCGUCUACGUGUCCCAGGCACUAGAGAAAGUCCUCGAGAUAUUGCGAUCCAAAGAACUUUAUUCUCCUCAGCUUGUGUCCAGCAAUGAAGCUCCUAAAUCUGUGUCUGCCGAUCCCGUGGCGACAGACUUGUUGGGCGCUCUACUAUCGCAUUCUCCGACACCGCUGACAUCAGGCAGACGGAGCAGCAGUGACCACGGCACCAGACACCAGUCAACCCGCCCCAGUCUGGCGAGUUUACCGCAGCCCGCGGCUGGCGAGAUCGUCGAGCUGCUCGCUACAGACAACGCGUGGAGCUUCGACGUGUUGCGUCUUGAGCAACUCACAGAGAAAAGGCCUCUGGUAUGGCUAGGCCUGAGCCUGAUGUGCCAAAUGAACGUCCCCGCUACCCUGAAUUGCGAUGAACAGACCCUACAGAACUGGUUAACCCUCAUCGAGGCUAACUACCACUCAGACAACUCUUACCACAACUCCACCCACGCUGCAGAUGUGCUGCAUGCUACUACCUACUUCCUGCAGAGACCUCGUAUCGCAGGGCUGCUAGACCCCCUAGACGUGGCGGCUUCAAUGAUCGCCGCGGUUGUGCACGACGUAGACCAUCCUGGCAAGAAUAGUGCAUUCCUAUGCAACACCAACAACGAACUGGCCAUCUUAUAUAACGACACGAGCGUGCUGGAGUCUCAUCACUCGGCGCUCUCGUUUAAACUUACGCACACUGACGCUCGGGUCAACAUUUACAACGGACUUGACCGCGACACCUACAAAGAGGUGCGCAAGAGCGUCGUCGACAUGGUCCUGGCUACUGACAUGACCAAACAUUUCGAACAUCUUAGCAAGUUCGUCAACAUGCUCGACAAAUGCUCAAUGACGCGCGACGAAAAUGGCCAGUUCGAGACGGUGGGUGAGACGCUAAACGUGGCCCAGCUGAGCACGGUAGAGAACCAGCAGAUCAUGCGUCGUAUGCUGAUUAAAUGUGCUGACAUCAGCAACCCGCUGCGCCCCCUCAACCUUUGUCGGGAGUGGGGCCAUCGCAUCGCCAACGAGUACUUCUCUCAGACACAAGAAGAGAAGCGACUGAACUUGCCGAUCGUGAUGCCUCAGUUCGACCGCGCCACGUGCUCUAUACCCAAGUCCCAGAUCGGCUUCAUCGACUUCUUUAUCUCCGACAUGUUCGAAGCCUGGGAUGCCCUCGCGGACAUCCCCGAGUGCAUGGCGCACCUGCGCUCAAACUACGACUACUGGCAGGAGCGGCAGAGGGAAGAACAGGAGUGCCAGAGUGCCAACUGUCCUCCCUCUGGUGGCACCGCCACAACUCCCCUCAAGGAGGAGGAAGAGGAACUCGAACCCCUCGAUCCCCGCACAACCCCCGAUAAAAAAGAAUAAGAACUGCGAAACUGGGGUUUUUCGAACUAACUUCUCGUACAGGAGGCGUACUGUCGAAACUCGCUUAACGUUCACGGAGCGACCUAGGUACACGAAGCUGACUAAGUACGCGUGGCGGCUGAUUUCGCGUUUGUGAUUGGUGGGUUUAGCUAGAAAAGCCGUCAGUGAUUGGCUGACCGAGUCACGGACUUCUAACUAACUAUUUUUCAUAAUAUGACGCCUUGUUCAGCUCUGUUUUGGUGUUACUAAUGAAUACGCAGUCAUCGACGCGCGGUGAAGGCACGUGUGAAAUUUCACUGAAUGUUUAAGAUCCUUUAAUGACUAUUCUUAAUGUUCUUACAUCGUAUCAAACUAAUCUUUAUUAUAAGCUCAAAGGUUUCAACUGAAGCAUAAACUGAAGUGUGUUAAGUAGCAAGAGGAAAAUCUUGUGAACGUACAAAGAAUUAACACCAAACUGAUGAAUGCUCGUGCUACACAAUGAUAAAUAGAUGAUGAUUUACUGCUGUAAUCAUCACACUAGUUAACUUACCUCGCUGUGAUGAUUAACUCAAUGAUCAUUAGUGUCGAGAACUGAGCACACUUUAAACUAUUUAAUAAUUAUUCUUGAAUAAUUUUUUACUAUCAGAAGCCUAAGUAUGGUAAGUUGUCUCUUAGUAUAGAGAUAAUAUCAACGUGUUUUCCAAGUCGUCUUCAAUAACAAUGUUUUUAACUUUGCUUAUGUGGGCGAUUCGUGCUUUAAAUUCAGCACUCUUAGUUCUUUUUAGUAAAGCCUUGCACAGUGUUCUUGCAUUUUAUGUAAAUUGAGCGUCUAGACAUGCAAUGUAGUCUGGAGUUUGUGUAGAAUAAACUUUUUUGUGUAUCUUCUGGUGCAAUUAUUUGUUUCUUCAUUUGCUGUAUUCUAAAGUUAGUUUCAUUCCUGUAGAAACGGGAAGUAGAAAACAGUUGGGGUUGAAUUGAUUUACUCAACCGAAUUUUAGCCUUCGUCUUCAUAUCAACCAUUGCAUUUAGAAGACCAUUUCUGCUGGUCCUCCUUCAGGUAUGCUUUCGCCCUGGUGCUGCAACUUUAUAUUUACAGUGUAUGUUUUUAAAUGCCAUCUUGUCUCCGUAUAUUUAUGUGCCAUGAACGGAUUACUUAACGUCGUCGUUCACUCGAAAAGACAAUGAUUAAAAUGCCUACAUGACUUUCAACAUUUUAAAUGAUUUUUGAUGGCCUCUAAUUAGGUUUGAAUGAUAGGCAGGAGCUUCCAAGGAUUUUUUCAUUUCUAAGACAACUUUCACUGAUGACGGAUGAAUAAAGCCUCCAACAGAAGAUAUUUUUAUUUUUUUAAGCGGCUGUUUUAAAUAAAAAAGUUUUACUGUAAUAAUAUUUCUGACAUUUGCAUGUCAUUUGUUAAUUUGACGAAUGAGAAGUUGAUUUAAUUCGAUGAUGCCAACUAUCGUAGUGCUAAAGCAUUUUUUAAAUCAAACAUCGUGGCCAAACUUACGUAGCUUAGGUUUUUUGAGUACAAAGCAGCACAUUUAUUUAUCGCUCUCAUCACUGAUGCUAAUUACCAUUCUACAUCCAGUUACCAACCGCUUCAGCUUUCAUUACCUACAGUUCAAAAUUUAAUUAUUAAAUUUUUCUAUGGGUUACUAUUUGCUCAGGAUUAUUGUUAUUAAAAUUUUUGAAAAAAUUACGUAUUUUAUGCGAUUCUGAGCGUCGAAACCCAAGAGUAAGAGAGCAAACUGAUAUUAGCUCGGGGAUAGUUUAUUUAUUCUUGAUAGACGAGAAUCUUCCAACUCACAUCUGUAUUAUUUCCUGAGAAAAUGGCUUUCAUUUGACCGAAGCAUUUCAUGCUUAUAUAGACGUAAUCCAAGGUACCUAAAUAUAUUAGAACUUCGUACAAAGUAGUGGUUCCUUGCUCCCAUAGUUUUGCAAUUAAUGUCAUGCACGAACAAUGCUAUUAUUUAAUGAUACUAAGACGUUUCCGGAAAAUGCGUGCCAUGUUCUAAUUUCUUACCAUUUAUUAACAAUUAUUUAGUUGCUGUAUCGGAAUAAAUUACCAAAUUUACGAUAUAUGUAAGUGGCAUGCAUAAGCCGUUCACAUAAUUUUUAGCAGCAAAUCAUUUAUUGCUUUGAAUGUUUUUUUUUUUUUUUUUUGAGUAGACAAAUAAAAUCUUUCAGUCCCGCAUUUAUUCACUAUUGCCGCUUAUGAAGAUCCUUAUUCCAUAUGAAUGAAGCCUUCGAAGACAAAGUAAAACCGCGGCAAUGGUUCCUUAUUUCACGAGCAAUUCUUUAAUUUAUCACUCUUACAAUUAUUGUCUCUAAUUUAUCACUCUUAUGAUUAUUGUCUUUAAUUUAUCACUCUUACUAUUAUUGUGCUAGUUUCACCCUCCACGUCAUUGACGCUUGUCAGUGGAUUUCUUCUUCUCUGUGCUGCGCGUAUACGUCUUGCAAAUAUGACCGACACUGGACACUAGCAUUGUUACGACCCAACUUAUGAUUACCUAUGAUGCCAUAUAAGUAACUUUACGUUUUAACUAAUGCUAGACAUACAGCACUAUAUGCUAUUGAACCAUUGUAUCAAGAUACUAUCCAAAACAAUCAAUAGGCUAGAAGACAAUUUUGGGACUGAGCCACGUUUCGGUGCUCUUUUCAAAUUGUUAUUACUGUGUAUAAAUAUUCAUAAUGUAAUAAUUUAAUAGCUGUUAUCUUGCCAAUCUCUUUCUAUCAAUGUACCUUUCUAAUUAAGCUACUCAACGUUGUUGACGAAGUGUUAUUACACUAGUGAAAUUAAUGAUAAAUAGAUAUUCUUGGUGCAAAUUGUACCACUUCACGGAAAGUCAUCGCGAAAUCUUGUGUCCCUUAAGCCGGCAACAGCCGUAAUUUUUUAAUUGUUACUUUAACAUUUACAGUGAAAUGUUUUUUGGAUGAUUGUAUACUGAUUUCAAUCGAGGUGUGUUCUUCAGAAUAUUAACAAAUAUGUUAGUGCCAAAAUGAAACUUUCAAUCUAGCUGCGUUGGAGUGCGCAUAUAUCAAUGCUCUGUUCAAUCACAGGAAUAUUGAUCUAUUUAAAUGCAACACAAAUGAUACAUUCACUGCGUAAAUUGCCUCAGCAAGUCAGCAUCCUAUAGUAAACUGGAUUGAAUUCUUUUUGAAACGAUAGUUUGAAGUUGACUUUAUCUGUUCCAACAGAUUAUUUCCGUUGCCUAAUUUUCAGAAAGAUCGAGGUAGCAUUGUCAGGGUGAUAUGGUCGCACUGUUCGAAAACGUAGAACGGCCUGACGCGUAUUUUAGUGACCGGCCUGCCCGGGAAAUUAAACUCUAUGUCGCCGUUUUUCUAAUGUAACACAAGAAUUCACAUUCGUGAAAAACGGGGAAACGGUUUAUUUUCACCUGGUGGCCGGUCAGACAGUUUUUUCGCCGUUAUUUCGUACAGUGUUUGCUCAGUUCUUUGUAUGAGGGAUUUGUUGUUACGUGUAUCCUAUAAUGUGUAGAUACAGUACGAGUACGUAGCACUCGCAUACGUCUCAAGUAGUUGCCGUACAAACCACUUAAAUGAUACUUACCGUGGCUGAUCCUGCAAAGCUUUGAUGUGAUGUUACUUCUAUGCAGGCGUAGCUGAACACAUGUUACCUGAUGUCUCCGACUUUCAGUGUCUUCUUGAGAGCCGCCAGCAAUUUUAUUCUCGACGUUGUUAUGCGUAGGUAAAUGGACUAGAUUAGACUGAAUUUGCACUCAAAAUGAAUAAAACAAAACUUCAUUUCUUCUCGCCCUCAUUUUUUUUCUCGUACCAUGUAAUCUUUCUGGUUGUUGAUGAGAGUGACGGUGUUUGUAUGUCGCCUUCGAGCAGCGCAAGAGCUUGCGGUUCUGCAUUUUACGGCCAGAUUCGCCCCGGUGGUAGAUGAAUUCUGGUCGACAAUAUCGAUGUUAACUUCAGACUUAAUUUGUUAGUGAGUUAGUAUGUAUUUGUUAACGAACAAGCCACUGCAAGCGCACGAGUUUAGCAACUCCGCUGCGCACUGAUUUACCAUGCCAAAGUUAUUCAUUCGUAUGUGACGCAGGUUUUUUUACAUAUUGUAGCUAUAGGAGCGCUACACCGCGUUGGAAUAUGAAGUGAUUAUAAUUUACUUAAUUAAUUAACAAUAAUGUGCUUCUAACUUUUCCUGUGCAAUAUUAUACGAGUAUAGACAAUGCCAAAUUAGGAGCACUUUUUUAACUCUUUCCAGUUGCAGUUAAUUUUUUAGUGACGGCAUUAAUGGUAGGGGUUUUCCCUCUACUUAUUCUUGUUCCACACUCGCUACUCGUCGUGGGUUCCCACACCUGCUAUGUGUUGUUCCUACACGUGGGUUAGGAACAUAGUUACGAAUACGUGUAUGGCAAAGUUUAUGAUUGAUAAAAUUUCUAUUUUGUGUUGUUCAUGAAUCUGUACACAUAAUGAAAAAAGGCGAAUUGUCUACUUGCAUGCAGUCGGCGAUCAACUGCAAUGACAAGUAACCUUUUUCUAUCACGUCCUUCAAUAGUCUGGGGUUGCACCUAAUGAGUAGUUAUUUGUGGUACUUAAUUAAUAUCAGAUUUUCUAUAUUCUUCAACUCAAUUGAAUUUCUACUCGUAGAUAGAUUGUUGAUGUUAAGCAUUUGUUAUUUAGACGAUCGUUAAUGACAGACAUUUUAGUGAGUAGAGUUCCUUCGUAACCUUGUAUCAUCGGAGAAUAUCUAUAUCUUCUAACUUUAUAAAGCUUAUCGUGUGAAUUAAUCUCAUUCUAUGAUGUAUUAUAGGUUUUGUGGGAAACGUCUUCUAUAAAUUUGUGCCUAAGUGUAGUUUGGAGCUGGCUCCAUUUUGUGUGUAACCUUUUCUUCCAUCAUCUUCUUCUUUCCUGGAUGGAACUUAUGGUGUGUCUAGAUGUCUAAAUAUAAAAUAUAAGUCUAUGAACUCUGUCAAGUGAUUCUUUCUUUUGUCAAAUUAUCGUUGUACCGAACCAGGCAUGAAAAAUAGAAUGUACGUUCGUCUUACCCACAAUGUUUGACUUUUCCAGGGUUUAGAUGUCGAAAAAAGGUGUUAAUACUAGCAGAACCAUUGUUCUUGUUGACUGUGUAUUCCAUAAAGUGCACGGAAAAUACUAUUGUGUCGCCAAUUCAGUGAGUCAAUUCUGAUGUUGUGAAUGAUCCCUGAUAUUAGUGUAUUGAACUGAUUUUGAGUAAGCGCUCUGUGCCUUCAUCAUCGUAUAUUUAUCUACUUCAUCGCUUAUGUACACUAGCCGCUGUUUAUUCUCUUAUCAAUCAUAUUAGCGCUACAUUAGUUGUUCCACAUUUAAGAUCGAGACAGGUUACUAUAUGUUUUCUAUGCUCAAUGAGUGACUCCAUUCUUGAACUUCUUAUCAGCCUGGCUAAUCUUCGGUUUAAGUUUCUGAUUUCAUUUGCCGUACGUCUAGAGAUUAUUUUUUAAUCUGAACAGUCAAUUUUCUGCUAAUUAUUUCAGAUAUUUUCUUUAAAAUCUAAGUUAUUUUUUUCGUGUAAAUAACGCAUAUUCUUUCACAGUAUUUCAACACAAUGUAGUUUGUCAUCCAACUAGCAGAGUGUUCAAUUGCAUACUCAGUACCAGAUCAUUGUAAGGCCAGCCGCUCGUCAUUGCUGCAUGGUAGACAGGAAUUUUGUUUAUGGUAAUUUGUCUUUAAUUUUUGUAUUUGUAGAAAUACCAAUUACAGUCUGAUUUUAUCCUCAAUGUCGUUUCGUGUCUAUAUGUGAAGUGUAAUAUUUUUAACGCUAACAGCCAUUUAUGUCAGGCGCUUCAAACAAUUUUAUUCGCUUAAACUCUGUAUAUGGCGAUAAUUGCACACAUUACUGGUAUCAUUUACACGUGAGUGCUAUGUUAGGUUGUGUGCCACGUACAUGAAUAUGUACAGAACACUAUGCUCCA